UCUAAAUUUUUACUAAUCUGUGCCUAAAUGUAGUGGUGGCGGGUUUGAAAAAUUUUAUUAAAUCUUGCGAAAACUUUGAAAUAAAGUGUCCAAAAAAAUAUUUUAAACGGAGUUAACUAAAAACGUGAUCAAAAUCGACUAGCUGAAGCCUGCAACAGUGUCGAAAUUUGGAUUUCCAGUGGAUUCCAGAGAGAUUCUAGGACGUUACCAAGGGCGUGGCUGUCGAUGCGCACGACACUAUCAGUAUGCGACCCCCCGCAGCGGCGGCAUGGAGGCGGGCGAGUGGGCGUCGUGCCCGUACGAGCCGGCGCACCGCGUGCCGCGCGCGCGCCUGCAGCGCCACCUGGUGAAGUGCGCGGCGCGCCACCCCGCGCUGGCCGUGUGCCCCUACAACGCCACGCACCGCAUGCCGCCCCCGCAGCUGGCGGCGCACGCGGUGGCCUGCCCGGCGCGCCUGGCGCUGCGCCCCGCCACGCCGCCCGGCGCGUGCGCGGCGCUCACCACGCCCACGCCCACGCUGCUGCGCGACUUCCUGCCGCCCGGCGACCCCGACCGCGAGCUGUGGGACGACUAGCCGCGCGACAAUAAACUAGCAUAAUACCACAG